AUGAUGUGGGCCGUUGCCAACAACGCCACCGCCUCGUCGCUUUCGCCGCAGCAAGUUUGCGAUUGUGCGACGAAGCAGUGCUGCCAGGGCGGCUGGCCCGACUGGGCCUUCUCCUACGUCUUAAACAAUGGCGGAAUCACGUCGAACAAGAACUACCCCUACCAGGCGUACGAUUCCGCCACGUGUCUGCUCGACACAUCCAUGCCGUCUGUGGCGCAGAUCACGGGGUGGGAGCUGGUGCCGGCAUUCAACGCCAUGGCGCUCAUGAAGGCCGUCAGCAUGCAGCCCGUCGUCGCCUUCAUCAGCGCCUCCACCUCAGACUUCGCGAUGUACAAGAGCCGCGAUGUGCUCAGAAUCUACGACGGCGUGUGCUCGACGGAGGUGAACCACGCGGUGGUGGUGGUGGGCUUUAACUACACGGGGCCGGACCUCAAAGGCAGCUACUGGAUCAUCAAGAACUCGUGGUACACCACGUGGGGCGACCGCGGCUACACGUACCUCGCCAUGACGCCCGACGUGCGCGGGAAAUGCGGCAUCCUAUCCCGUUUUCUAAUACUUCCCCAUCCGCUGAUGCACUCUUGCCACCUACUCCGCCUUCCCUGCAGCAUUCCUGCUAUGUACCCGGUUUACUACCCGAGCGGGCCGCAACCCGCCCGAUUCUGUUCCGACACACGCGGCAAGUGGAAUAUCAACAAGGUGGACGACCUCUCGUCGUCGCUCUUCUCCUCCGCCCUCUCCACGGAUAGCAGUAGUACCACCACGCUAACUACUUCCACGACUAUAACGACGAGUUCCACCAGCGUCAUGCUUGCGUCCGUCACUGGCACAUCGACGGACGCAUCCUCGCUGCUCAUCAACUCGACGACCAAGUCGGCGUCACAGAUAACUGCGUGCGCAGGGAUAAUCAAUCCUUGUGGCGGCGGGAGUUGCUACAUGCUCGGUGGAAUCGCGCGAUGUGACUGUGGCUUGCUGUCGAAUAUGGUUGAGGUUAUGGGAGUGCCCACGUCGAAAUGUGCGCCUCAGAAUCCGUGCACAAAUUCGCCCGUGAACCCUUGUCGCGGCGGGACAUGCAUGGACGUGGGAGAUGGGACGUACACAUGCACAUGCGCUUCGGGAUACGCCAUCGGAACUGCGGUGGAUGGUUCGACAACCUGCUUGCCUGCUGCUGGUCUUACGAAGUCGUAUGUUACACUACCCGGCGAUAACUGCACGCUGGUCGCGACAGAAUUCGGGAUUUCAACAACCACCCUAUCGGCACUGAACCCGUUUAUCAACUGCUCCGUUACGGAAUACUUGCCUCCGGGUGUUGGGCUGACUGUUUCAAGAGCACUAACAGCCACAUCCACGUUCUGCACAAGCACAUACACGGUUCAACCUUCUGACACCUGCAAUUCCAUCGCCCACCUUUUCUUUGGUGGUUCUCUCACAGCACUAGACAACCUAAAUCCUGGAUUGACGUGCAACCGUCUCUUUAAAUCACAACAAAUUUGCCUUAAAGCGGAUUCAUCAUCAUCCACCACAUCGGGUCCACAGUGCGGACAGAGCGUUGCAGUGGUCAUGGGUGAUACGUGUGCUUCUGUCUCCAUCAAAUACAUGAUCAGCUCCUCAACCUUCAGCUCACUGAAUCCAGGUCUCAACUGUGACAGCCCACUGCUGGUUGGAUCCUAUGUCUGUGUGGCACCAAAAUCAUCAGAUACCACCAUCAACUGCACGGGGUGGUACCGGGUGAUGCAGGGCGACACAUGCCCCUCCAUCUGGAAUGGAGCCAACCUCACCAUGUCCAUGUUCCAAGCCAUCAACCCGGGCAUUCAGUGCCAGGCGCCCUAUCUGGUGGUGGGCCAGCAGGUGUGCAUCGACUCACCCGUCCUCACCACCAUGCAGCGAGCUCCCAACACCUCCUACUCCAUCUACACCGUCCGCCCCAACGAUACCCUCUCCACCAUCUCCUCGCUCUUCCUCCCCCGCUGCACACCCACCUCUGUCUCUCCCGAGUCCAUCGCCGCACAAAACUACAUCUCCGAUCUAUCUGCCCCUCUGGCGCCCGGCACGAAGCUGAUCAUCCCCUGUAUAGGCCGCAUCGGUAUGGUGGACUGCGGCUGUGCAGCCUCUAUCCCGGUCUGUGGGUCGGACUUUGUCAGCUACCCCUCAUACUGUGAUGCUCUCUGCAACUUCGCACUUCCAGCUCUCCCCGAUAGCUUCUGCACCGGGGCAUGUGGACCCGCAUGCCAGGGUCGUAUGGGCCUUGCCCCGGUUCCUAACUCCGGCUGCACCAAUGCCAUAUGCCCGUAUCCCAGCUGGGCACCGGCAGAGUCAAUAGACUGUGCCAAAGUGGUGGACACGAGCUCUGGUCCCUGCUGCAGUUACAGGGAGAACACCUGCAAGCAGCAGUGCACGCUCACUGCAGCUGGAUUGGGUGGAACAGUGGCUCAGAGGAACAGCAGCUAUAAUGAUUGCUACAGCCAGUGCAUGUGCUGCCAGGCUACAGGCUGUGGUGGUGCAACGUGCAAGGCACCAUCGGCGUGUUGGAAUGCCAGGCCUCGCAAGUGCGUGUUUGUGAACUACAGCUAUGUGUGGAACUGCACGUGGUUCCCUGCUGGGAACCCCUUGCCCUAG